AUGACGAUCAACUCCGGCUGGAUGAAGAUAUGGAAGGCGGCGGCGGGCGGGGCGUUCCAGGCCACGGCGCCGUUCGUGCCGGACGUGGCCUUCAUCGACGGGCAGAUCAAGCUGAUGAAGCCGACGAGCGUCAAGACGUGGCAGCUCUUCCUCGUCUGCCAGUUCGUCAACUGCGUGCGGCGGCACUUCGAGGCCGGGGUGAGCACGGUGGUGCUCGCCUUCGACAACUACGAGCACGUCCCCGUGUGCAAGGGGAUGACGCAGCACAAGCGCAACAAGAAGGUGAACAGCUUCAGCUUCGCCAGCGGGGAGUGCCUGCCUCCGAUCAUCCCGGACAACUGGGAGGACGCCAUCCGCAACCGGCUGUUCAAGUCGCGGGUCAUCGACUACGUCAAGACGAACCUGCACAAGCACCUGACGCUGGCGGCCCACCAGAGGCUCAUCAUCGACCACAACAGCACGCCCGUCGUGCACCUGCCCAACGGCACGUGCCAGGACUUUGAGCUGCCGCACGCGGGGCUCAAGGGCGAGAGCGACGUCAAGUUCACCUCCUACACCCACCUCGGCAACCUCCUCAUCGACGCCAUCGAUGGAGACUACGUGCCCAUGGCCAUGGUGCACCUGGAGAACCUCGCCAGGGCCGGGACGCCCGAGGCCUCGCUGCCGCAGAUCGCCAUCUACCGCAUGCGGGUGAGGGCGGGGGCGGCGGCGCCCGCCUCGGCCUCGGAGCCCAAGUACGAGUACGUGCACAUCAACCGCAUGGCGCAGGAGCUCUGCGACGACGUGGCGCGGCACUGCCCGGGCUGCCGCAACGCGUGCACGGUGCUCGCGAGCUUCGCCAUCCUCACGGGCUGCGACUACACGCAGGGGCUGCCCACCAUCGGCCCGACGCGGGUGUGGUGCAACCGGGAGAGGGUGAUCCCGCUGCUCUCCACCCUCCGGGGCGGGCAGGAGGCGCACGACAGGGACGUGGCGACGCUGUCGCUGGCCUGCCCCGUGCUCUACGCCGCCGUGUACGAGAGGAGGGUGAGCGUGAGGGUGAACCAGUCGGCGUACGCCGGGCUCGGGGUCGGGGAGAUGGAGGAUCGUGCGUACCUCCGCAGCAACGCGCGCAACUCCCUCUGGACGCUGCACUACUGGAACGCGGAGACGGACCACCCGGACCCCUACUCCAACACCUUCGGCUACAAGCGGGCGAGAGGAGCGGCCCGUGAGCCGGUCAUCCCAUUCUUUCCGUAUCGUAUUAAAGACCGCGGGGCCCAAGUGCGGGCAAAGGGUUCGCGAAUGGUGGUCGUGAACAAGAAGAGCUUCUACCCGAACACCAUACAGUACGCGCCGCAGCCCCUGGGCAACCACUAUGUCCCCGCCGACCAGCAGAAGGCGGUCGACUACGUCCAGUCGUACAGCCUCAUCUCGUACAAGAACACCGCCAAGAUCGCCAACUCGGUGAUCGCCGUGAUACUCUUCUUCCUCACCUUCGGGGCCUGCUGCGUGACCAUCACCCGGUCGUACGGGCAGAGCAAGAUCCCAAUGAACAUCAUCACCUACUCCAUCGACCCCUGGGACGAGUACCAGACCUUUGGCGACGUGCUCAAGGGCUUCACCAACGCCACGGGGACCAAGAAGGACAACGUGCGGACGCUCUGGGCCUGGUCCAAGUGCGACCAGUACAUCACCACCGGCCGCGUGCCCAAGUCCACCGACAAGCUCACCCUCGAGGUCGUCUCCGGCAACAACCCGGUGUACAUCCCCGGGGGCUGCAACUGCAUCGCACAGGUGGCCAACGCCAUGGGCGACGGCUGGCUGUACGCCACCGCCACGGCGCCCAGCAAGGACGACGUCAAGAAGAUGAUCAACUUCUGCACCUACGAGGGCAGCAUGCCGCACAACCUCACCGCCAAGCCCAAGGCCUACCGCACCCUGUUCUACGUCUACAGCUUCCUGUUCCUCUCCUGCACCUGCAUCCUGAUCGCCAACUUCAUGCACGACCUGGUGGUGAUGAUGCUGAAGAGCUCCAAGGCGUCGCCCGAGAACCUCUUCGCCGCCAUCAAGUGGAAGCUCAUCGCCACCGUGGUGGUGUUCCUCGGAUUGACCAUCGCGCUCAUGAUCACCCUCCUGCUCGUGAACAAGGGGGCGCCCACCGACGCCAAGAACCCCGAGAUCGGCCUGACGGUCGGCAUCUUCAUCAUGGUGGCCGCGGCGGUGGUACUCUUCGUCGUCCCCUACCUCACCUACCCCAACGUGCUCGACGCCAUCCACGGGCUCAUCAGCCACGAGAUCGACACCGGCAUCCUCCUCAUCGACAAGGAGAUCCGCGACCGGUACCUGGCCUCCGACGUCCUCAACGCCCAGGGGCAGAUCGAGCAGCUCUGGACCGACGUGCUCGCCAUCCCCGCAUUCGUCUCCCUCAUCAUCGCCGUCUGCAUCAUGCGCGGUUGGACCGACUACGACAUCCUGCUGUACAACGCGCUGCUGGUCUUCCUGCUCCUCCUCUUCACCGCCGCCGGCAACUGGGUGACCUGCCACUGGACCAGGGUCGUCACGUUCAUCGAGGCGCAGAACAAGCAGAACCAGAACGUGCCGGAGAAGAGGCAGAGCUCGAUGGUGCUGGGCGCUAUCAGCAACAACCUCGACGGCUUCUACCAGGGGUACAAGAACACCAUCACUCUCUGCCAGUUGUUCAUCAUCAUCGCCCUCUGCUUCACCGCCACCCCGACCAGCGACGUCACCCAGUACAGCUACAUCGCCAUGUACAACUGGCUCGUGCUGAUGGUGUCGCUGUUCGCCGUGUUCGUCUUCCCGGACCUCUGGAACGACUUCCAGGCGCUCAAGCUGCACAACGUCACCGCCACCAAGCAGGCGUUCCUCAACGUGCUCAUCUUCAUGACGUUCCUCACCGUCAGCUACACCGAGUACGCCAAGAAGUCGCUCGUGUCCUAG